UGUGCCCAAGGAGUCAAUCAUUUUAGGGAGAAAGAGACCGUUUCGGCAGCACUGAUGGAGCCGAACACGUUAUUUGUGCACAUUAACAAUGCUCGUGGCUUGUAUCUCAAAAAUCACGCGACUUUGGAUGCGUUCGUUACCGUAGUACUUCAUGGGAAAGGGUCGCUACGAAGUCGCGCCGUGACUGAGCAAGUGAGCACUCAAGGUGACUGCCGUUGGGAUGAGCACUGUGAAUUCAAAGUUUCUGAUAAAUCGACACACAUCACGGUAAUUGUCCAAAACAAGGCGAAAUUCGGCGGAUCUGAUGUUAUUGGAAAAUGUGAGGUUCCCCUAGACCAAGCGAGGAAAAUUUUUGGGCUUACAUGGUUCGCACUUAAGAAAAAGAAGGACGACGAUAAAUAUAGGGGUGAGGUUCAACUGCAAUUCACAUUUUCUUACGAGAAACCGCCCUUAUCGAUCUCGAAUUCAUCGCUGAAUAAAAUUGAAAAAGAUGGAAUGCUGGACAAAAUGAGAAGAAAAAUAAAAGGAGCUGGGAAGCACAGAAAGGCAGAAGACACUAUGUCAAUAACUAGUGGGAUAAGCGGCAUAAGCAUAACCAGCUCGCGUAGUAGUCGUUUUAUCGAUCGGAUUAACAAAUCCAUUGGGAAAAAGUUCGUUGCGAGUCACUUUGGUUCUCACUGUAUGUCUAGAAAUCGUGUACAAAGGUCUGACCUGGCAUGUGUAGAUGUUUUAUUCCUACAGAAACAAAGAAACGAUGAACUCGCAUAUUCUCAGCAGGAUUUGCUUGCACUUGUUGACAGCUUACGUCUAGAACUCCGUGUGAAAGACUCCCGUUUGCGUGAUAUGGAAGAAUAUAUGGAUAAUCUGAUUUCACGAGUGAUGGAAAAAAAUCCGGAGUUGUUGGCUGCACCACUCGCUCGGGAAAAGUCUCAACGCCGUUACUUUUGA